AUGAAUUUUGAAGAAAUUGAAGAACAGGAUGGAGCUCGAUUUUCCUGGAAUGUGUUUCCGGCAUCUCGCUUAGAUGCGACAAGGACGGUUGUUCCCAUAUCAUGCCUUUACACUCCACUCAAGGAGAGAGAGGAUCUACCGCCAAUAUAUUACGAACCUGUUGCUUGUAAAGCACCAUGUCGAGCAAUUUUGAAUCCGUACUGGUAUGCAAUAUUUGACUUAAACCUUAGUGAAAACAAUGCUAGUCUGGUCGUGUUGAGGAAUGCCUUUCCUCCUCAUUAUAAAGACAUCAGUGCCACUAAUCUUCCCGCCGAAUUGUUGCCUAAAUAUACUACCAUCGAAUAUACACUUAACCGUGCGCCUCAGGUUCCUCCAAUUUUCUUGUUUGUGGUCGAUACUUGUCUUGAAGACGAUGAUUUGAAAGCUUUGAAAGAUUCUCUGGUCGUUAGUCUUAGUUUGUUGCCACCUCAUGCAUUAGUUGGCUUGAUUACUUUCGGUACAAUGGCGCAAGUUCAUGAACUUGGAUAUAGUGAAUGCCCCAAAUCGUACGUUUUCCGAGGAACCAAAGAAUACACGCCAAAACAAGUUCAAGAUAUGCUUGGGCUACGUCCUCAAGUUCAAAGACCCGGUCAACCUGGAGUCCCGCCGAACAUGGGAGCUAGUCGCUUCCUCUUACCCGUUCAACAGUGUGAAUUCAUCUUGACUUCAAUUCUGGAACAACUUCAACGUGAUCCGUGGCCA